UCCAAAAUCAAAAAGAACGUGGCCAUGGAACCUACUCGACAAAUUAUUCCUUUCUUCCUUCCAAUCCCCACCUAUAUAUAAAUGUAGGACUUAUUUUUUCCACUAUAUAGAAAGAGAGACACGAGCUAAAUGCUAGAGACAAUACGGUACCUUAUUGGUUCGGCCGGAAGUAGCGGCUUCGGGUCCAAGUCGACGGCGGAAGAGGUCACCGAAGCAUCGCCGGACCUCCGAUCUAUCACCGCCAUCAUCACUGGAGCGACGUCGGGGAUUGGGGCAGAGACGGCCCGCGUGUUGGCUAUGCGCGGGGCGAGGCUGGUGAUUCCGGCGAGGAACCUCAAGGCGGCGCAGGAGACGAAGGCUCGUAUCAACGCCGAAUUCCCUGGAUCUGAGGUCAUUGUGCUUCUUCUUGACCUCAGCUCGUUUUCCUCUGUUCGAUCCUUUGUGGCCAGAUUCCUCUCUCUUCAGCUUCCGCUCAAUCUCCUCAUAAAUAACGCGGGAAAAUUUUCGCAUAAUUACGCAUUAUCUGAAGAUGGAAUCGAGAUGACCUUCGCCACCAAUUAUCUCGGCCACUUCCUGUUAACGAAGCUUCUUAUGGAGAAAAUGACGGAAACGGCUAGGAUUACCGGAAUCGAAGGCCGAAUCAUAAACGUCUCUUCCGGCAUCCAUGCCUGGUUUACCGGCGACGGUCUCCGCUAUCUUGAUCUGGUCACCUCCAAGAAAAUACCCUACAACGGCACUCGGGCGUACGCGCUCUCCAAGCUUGCGAACGUUCUCCACACGAAGGAGCUGGUAGAGAAGCUCGAGGAAAUGGGUGCCAAUGUUACGGCGAACUGUGUUCAUCCCGGUAUCGUUCGAACUCGUCUCAUCCGCGACCGCGAGGGUUUCCUCACAGAUCUUACAUUCUUCCUCGCAUCGAAGCUUCUGAAGACGAUUCCUCAGGCAGCGGCAACGACGUGCUACGUUGCGGCAAGCUCAGCGUUGGCUGGAGUGACUGGAAAAUACUUUUCUGAUUGCAAUCUGGCGUCUCCUUCGGCUGCAGCGGGAAGCUGGCAGGAGGCAGCGAAACUGUGGUCGGCGUCGGAGGAGAUGACGGCAGUGAAGCAAAUGCCGGAGCUCGAUAAGGCGACGUGAUAAGUUCGAGUGUAUAUAUUAAACACGGCGAUGGGGUAGCAUAUAUAAUGAAGUUUUACGGCAGAAUAGUGAGUUUUUUUUUUUUUUUUGGAAGGCUGAGAAAUUAUUAUGUGCGGAUACUAUACGGUUAAGAGAUCAAUCAAAAUGUAUCAUGUUAUUCAGUGCACAACGGUAUCACGUAUCGGUAUUGAACAAAAAGUGAUGCGGCGAAUUCGGAUUGGUCUCCAGACACCAUCUGAUAUUAGCACAGAAUAAUUUUUCUACGAGUCCCAGAAGGGUUGAGAUUUUGAGUAAUUUCUCCCUAUGAUUCCGGUUACCUAAUAUUAUAUAUAUAUAUUCGAAACCAUUAAUCCUAACUAAAUAAUUCUCUAAAAAGAUAUGGAUGUUAAAAUUGUAUUAGUAAAGCAUUGCAAUAGUAAA